CAUUGGCAACUCUGGCCAACGCUCGGCUUAAACCUGUUCUGUUCGUUUCAAAUUGAAAUUUCAAUUCGAAAAAAACGUUCGAGCGUGGCGCACGUUGCGGUUCCUCCGACUGAUCUUAAUCGUAGAGCAGCGCACUCACACUCGCACACGCCCCGCCCCCCAAAAUACAACACACACACACGUACGUACACUGCCAGCAGAGCCCCAUAAUCAAGUGCUGUUGUUGUUGUUGUUGCUAAAAUGCUGAACGCCGCAGCGCUGCUUUUGGCGCUGCUCUGCGCCGCGAACGCAGCCGCCGCCGCCGAUUUGGCGGACAAAUUGCGCGAUGACUCGGAACUCUCUCAGUUCUACAGCCUGCUGGAGAGCAAUCAAAUUGCCAACUCGACGCUUUCGCUGCGUAGUUGCACGAUCUUUGUGCCCACCAAUGAAGCCUUCCAGCGCUACAAGAGCAAAACCGCCCAUGUGCUCUAUCACAUUACCACUGAGGCGUACACCCAGAAACGACUGCCGAAUACCGUGUCAUCGGACAUGGCCGGCAAUCCGCCGCUGUACAUCACAAAGAACUCGAAUGGCGACAUCUUUGUGAACAAUGCCCGGAUCAUACCCUCGCUCAGUGUGGAGACGAACAACGAUGGCAAGCGGCAGAUCAUGCACAUCAUCGACGAGGUGCUGGAGCCGCUCACCGUCAAGGCUGGCCAUUCGGACACCCCCAGCAACCCGAAUGCUCUCAAGUUCCUGCAGAAGGCCGAGGAGUUCAAUGUGGACAACAUUGGUGUGCGCACGUACCGCACUCAGGUGACGAUGGCCAAGAAGGAGUCGGUCUAUGAUGCCGCUGGCCAGCACACCUUCCUGGUUCCCGUUGAUGAGGGCUUCAAGCUAACGGCUCGCAGCAGCCUGGUGGACGCCAAGGUCAUCGAUGGCCAUGUGAUACCCAACACUGUCAUCUUCACUGCCGCUGCCCAGCACGACGAUCCCAAGACUUCCGCCGCCUUUGAGGACUUGCUUAAGGUCACCGUCAGUUUCUUCAAACAGAAGAACGGCAAAAUGUACGUAAAGUCCAACACCAUUGUGGGCGAUGCCAAGCACCGCGAGGGAGUGGUUCUGGCCGAGAUUGUCAAGGCCAAUAUCCCAGUGAGCAACGGAGUGGUCCAUCUGAUCCACCGACCGCUGAUGAUUAUCGAUACGACGGUCACCCAAUUUUUGCAGUCGUUCAAGUUCAUGAACGAAAAUGCUGAGAACGGAGCUCUGCGAAAGUUCUACGAAGUUAUCAUGGACAAUGGAGGAGCCGUUUUGGACGACAUUAACAGUUUGUCGGAAGUGACCAUUUUGGCCCCCAGCAAUGAAGCUUGGAACUCUUCCAAUAUCAAUAAUGUUCUGCGAGACCGCAACAAGAUGAGGCAAAUCUUGAACAUGCACAUCAUCAAGGACCGCUUGAAUGUGGAUAAGAUCAGGCAGAAGAAUGCUAAUUUGAUUGCUCAAGUACCCACUGUCAACAACAACACCUUCCUGUACUUCAAUGUCCGUGGUGAGGGAUCGGAUACCGUGAUCACAGUUGAGGGAGGCGGCGUUAAUGCCACCGUUGUCCAGGCUGAUGUGGCCCAGACCAAUGGCUUUGUCCACAUUAUCGACCACGUCCUGGGCGUGCCUUACACAACAGUUCUUGGCAAACUUGAGUCCGAUCCCAUGAUGAGCGACACCUAUAAGAUGGGAAAGUUCUCGCACUUCAACGACCCUAACAACACACAACGCCGCUUCACCUAUUUUGUGCCCAGGGACAAGGGCUGGCAGAAGACUGAGCUGGACUACCCAUCGGCUCACAAACUCUUCAUGCAAGAUUUUGCCUAUCAUUCUAAGUCCAUCCUGGAGCGUCAUUUGGCCAUUUCGGAUAAGGAGUACACCAUGAAGGAUCUGGUCAAGUUCUCGCAGGAAUCGGGAAGCGUUGUCCUACCCACGUUCCGCGACUCCUUGAGCAUCCGAGUGGAGGAGGAGGCUGGACGCUAUGUGAUCAUCUGGAACUACAAGAAGAUCAACGUAUACCGGCCAGAUGUGGAGUGCACCAACGGAAUUAUCCACGUCAUCGACUAUCCGCUCCUGGAGGAGAAGGAUGUGGUCGUGGCCGGAGGUAGUUAUUUGCCAGAAUCAAGCAUUUGCAUCAUCUUGGCCAACCUCAUAAUGAUAACAGUAGCAAAGUUCUUGAACUAAACGCAUCCGAUAUGUAAAAAUCAAUCCAAUCCAAAGCAAAUGCAAAUCAAACACAACAACAACAGUCGUCUACAGAACAAGAAUCAACAACACUCAGUAUCAAACUAAUGUGACAUCCACAUGGAUGUAAAUAAUCAGCACUAGUUUGUUGAUACCGAUCAAAAACCACAAGCAACCAAAACUGUAUCUGUAAUAUAUGCGUCACAAGGAACGAUCAUCAUUCCAACCUGCCACGCCCACGCCCAUGCCAUCCAUACAUACACACAACCCAAAAAAAAAAACACAGAAGACACGCAUGCAGAAAACUGCCUGCUGAAUUUGCUUUAUCACAGCUUUUCCCCCAAAAAGAAAGCUGGCAAGAAAGAUUAGGACGACGAAAAUGAAGCCCUUACUUUUAAGUAUUAAACUCGAUUCCCCCUCAACGGCCUUAUGUAUAAUAUGAAAUAUGAAAGUCUCUGUAAAACAUUUUAAUUUUAUGUUCGACCUAUACUGGUAGCUUACGUUCAUCAGCUCGCUAUGUUUUAAGUUUAGACCCACAUUGACAUUGGUAUCGUACCAUGGAACAUCCGAUUGUGUUUAUGAUUUUAAGUGUAUAUUUUUUGUGAAUUGCUUGUUUUAGUUAAUGUUCUAAUUUAUGAUUUACGAAAUGAGUUAUCUUAAGUAGAAUGCGAAUCUCAUUGUACAUGUCAAAGCAGAAGCAUAAGCAAUAAGCGCAUCACACAUACUCAUACUCGAACGCCCACACAUUCCCACAGUCCCUAUCCAUAAAUACAUACGAACAUGUAACGAAACGAAGUCCUUGUAAGAUUUGAAAAGUGUGAAAUUUUAUAAUAAACUGAAAGUUUUUCAUUUGAACCUAACUACUAAGCCCGCCAGCAUUCUUGCCUCGAACGCAAUCGAGUGACCCCUGUAAGCUCAGAACUCAGAACUAUAUCAAAGUCGGGCAAGAAAUGUGCAAGAAAGCAUUAUAUGAGAAACCAUCCCUGCACUUAGUUAUUAGCCCGCUAUGCAUGUGAAUCCCCCAGAUAGACACAUACGCCCACACACACCAGCCACUUGGAGCGAGAGUAGCCACUGCAACUAGGUUAGUCCAAUGUUAAACAAGUUUCAAAACUGCUGCCAACUACAGAAACUAUACAACAUACAUACAAACAAUCCCUGUAAUCUAAAUCACUCACCACGGGACACAACUACAUGUCAUCAUUGAAUGGAUUUUGAUACCGAUUUUAACUUGCAUACAACCAAAAACAAAAGCCAGAUAAACAAGAAGAGAACUAAAUCGAACUAAAUUCUCCCUCGCCCGAGCAGUUGCAUUUUAAACUUUGUAUGUAGUUUAAAACUAGUUUUUAGUCCGACUUAGAACAACCCAAUCGCUAACUAUAUACCAACUCUCUUUCUAUUUCUCUCUGUCUCUCCCCCUAAUGCUAUGUACUUAUAGGUUAGAAAUUGUAACUAGCGUAACCAACCCAAAUGCGUAAAACACAGAAAUGUACUAUCCCCAAAAGAAUUACUAUCAGCCUACCAGUACACACUGUCUAACUCUCACCACCACCCACUAGGAACUCAGUCGAAAUCGAAAACGAAUACGAAAACCCAGUUGUGGCUGUCGCUUCACGUAGUUGCUAAUUCCCGAUCCGAUCGGACCUUUCCGGCAGUCUUAUCUUUAGUAGGUGGUUUAGUUUUGUUUGGCGCAGUGUAGUGCCGUAGCAGCUAAGUGAAAAUGUAUGAAAUGAAUAAGAAAUCGAAUAUUUGAAAAUUCAAAAUUGAAAAUUGAAAAUGUAGAAAUGAAUACGCUAAUGAAAUGUACACGUAAGCUUUAAAGAAUCGCUGGAAGAGCGCGGAUCGGAGAAUUUAGAGGAGGGAGAACCGCAUUGCAAUCGCAAUUUGUGUCGUAGUCAGUGUCAGUAGUUACACGUUAAGCGGCGUCUUAACGUGUAACUAGUGCCUUACUAAAGAUAAACGCAUUACCUUAACCUUUAUACAAAUUUACUCGAAACAUACUUGUGCCCCAACCAUACGUUCCGCUUCGAAAGAUAUCCAGAUAUAUAUAUACAAUACGGAGGUACACCCCAACAUACAAGUAAAACUACAAAUGAUAUUGCGCCACACGCUAUUUACACCAAAAUACACCAAACAAAUCGAGAAAUGCAUAUUUUUCAUAUAUUUAAUUGUCAGAAUAAUAUAACGUAUAUGUAGUUUAUUUACUGUAAAACUCAAGAAUCUCAAAAAAGGAAAUUAAAUCACAUAUAUUUGAUGUAUAUUUAGCCAUUGUGUUUCGAAGCAAGCGUUAGACACGGGAAUAUCUGAAUAAAUCUAUAUACAAUAUGCGAAUCAAGCAAACUAUGGAAAACUGCAGUGCAAAAGAAUAUUAUUCCAUUUUAUUUUACGACAAGCGCUUUUUACAAAUAAACCGAAUCCAUAUUUCAAUUACUCGUAAAUGGACAGCAAGAUUAUAUUUAGCAUUAGUUAAACUAAUUAAUACAUGUACUAGAAAACCGAAUGUCAACCGAGAAUCUUCAGCAAGCUUGAGCGAAUAAUAAAACUUUAAAACUAACUAUAAA